GUUUCACUCCCAUUCCUCAACAGAAGACCUGCGAAAGAUUUCACUUCAUAACUACCAACAGGGGCCAGCGGGGCUGUCUUCACAGAGCCAGCUGUCAGAUCUGAGCCAAAAGAUUUUCGAGCGUUUUUGGAGUUUCACCCUCUCGGCGUUUGACCACAGGACUGAUGUUUAUUCACACCUCUGCUUCGGAGAUCUGUUUUUGGGAGUUUUAUGAAACUAAACUAUGAUCUGUGGCUGCCUCGAGGAAUGUCUCAUGUAUUUUUGUGUGACACAAGAACAUCCAAACGCCCGCGACUUGGUCAGGAAGAAAGCGGUUCCCCUAUUUGGAUUAUGUGUUUGACCAAAACAUAUGGAAGAAAUGAAAAAGUGAGCACAUGGGGAAACCUCCAGGAAUGAAUCGCUUUUUCACGAGGGUUUUGGCAGCUUUAUUUACAUAUCUCAUGGCGACAAACAACUUCAGAGUUGUGGAUGCCAAGGAGUACGAUUCCAGAUCAUCCACCAACCUGUCUCCGUCAGACUUUCUGGACUCACUCAUGGGUCGCACGUCCGGAUAUGAUGCACGAAUAAGACCGAAUUUUAAAGGUCCACCAGUUAAUGUUACCUGCAACAUAUUUAUCAACAGCUUUGGUUCUAUAGCAGAAACUACAAUGGAUUACAGAGUGAACAUCUUCCUGCGUCAGAAGUGGAAUGACCCUCGGCUGGCGUAUAGUAAAUAUCCAGAUUCCUCCCUGGACCUGGACCCAUCCAUGUUGGACUCCAUAUGGAAGCCCGAUCUCUUCUUUGCCAACGAGAAAGGGGCCAACUUCCACGAUGUGACCACAGACAACAAGCUGCUGCGGAUCUUCAAAGAUGGGACUGUUCUCUACAGUAUCAGGUUAACUCUCAUUCUGUCCUGCCCAAUGGACCUGAAGAACUUUCCGAUGGAUGUCCAAACUUGUACAAUGCAGCUGGAAAGUUUCGGGUACACCAUGAAUGACUUGGUGUUCGAGUGGCUGGAGAACGGGGCGGUGCAGGUGUCAGAUGGACUCACACUGCCUCAGUUCAUUAUGAGGGAAGAGAAGGAGCUGGGUUACUGUACAAAACACUACAACACAGGUAAGUUCACCUGCAUAGAAGUGAACUUUCAUCUGGAGCGACAGAUGGGGUACUACCUGAUCCAGAUGUACAUUCCGUCCCUCCUCAUCGUCAUCCUCUCAUGGGUGUCUUUUUGGAUCAAUAUGGACGCUGCUCCAGCCAGAGUGGCACUGGGUAUCACCACCGUGCUCACCAUGACCACCCAAAGCUCCGGCUCCAGGGCUUCUCUUCCAAAGGUCUCUUAUGUGAAAGCCAUUGAUAUCUGGAUGGCUGUGUGUCUGCUCUUUGUAUUUGCUGCAUUGCUAGAAUAUGCCGGGGUUAAUUUUGUCUCCAGGCAACAGAAAGAGUUUCUUCGUCUGAGGCGAAGGCAAAGGAGGAAUAACAAGGAUGAGGACAUGCGUGAUGGCCGCUUUAAUUUAGCUGGCUACAAUAAAAGUCAAUGUCUGCCAACAAAGGAUGGCUCAGCUGUUAAGAACGCUGCUCCAGCUCUGAACUCUCAACAAUCAGCCGCCAAGGACUUAGAGACCAUGAAGAAGAAGUUUGUGGACAGAGCCAAGAGGAUAGACACUAUCUCCAGGGCCGGCUUUCCUCUGGCGUUCCUCAUUUUCAAUGUCUUCUACUGGGUCACCUACAAGAUCAUCAGGUACGAGGACAUCCACGUAAAGACUUAACCCUUGACAAGCAACCUUUAUUUUUGUUGUCAUUUCUCAGAUUGAGAAAUGCUUGGAAAGCACAGUGAGAUGAGAUGGGAGGCUGCGUAUUGAGAGGUACCAUGGUGGUGAUGAUGGUGGAGUUCUUUCAGGGAUAAUGUAUAAUGUCCAUGCAUCAUACAGUAAUGCUCAUGCUCUGAGACACAGAUGUUUUUGUUGUUGUACUGCUGGAUAAUGUUUCCUGCCAAAUCUGGGAGAAAUGGUUUCAACUCAAUGCUUAGUAAUAUGCUGGAGAAUAGGGACCAAUAUUGUUUAAAUAAAUUCUGCCUUGCCAUCUGUACAAGGAACAAAGAAACAUUCCAUGGAUUUGUAACAGUAACAUAGCCAGACCCUCAAAGGCUGUUUGUGAUUGCAAAAAGGUUAUUUCUUAAGGAUGUUUAGGACUGUUUUAUAUUUUAAUACUCUCAUCCACUCACAACGCAGCAAACUUAAUAUAAUUCAAAGUAUAUAGGCAGAAAACACAUACAGUACUAAGGAUCCUUCAGACAAAAGGAGAGGGACACGUAUCAGGCAUGAAAGAGAACAAAGCAGAUUAAAAUAUGGAAUUGAGAAUUGGAUACUGCAUUUUUAUGAAAUACCUGAGGCCUUAGAUAUCAAAGACUUGGAGAGAUGAAGUGCUGUGCUUCUCUAUUUGUUCAAGCCUCACCUCUUUCUAAUGGUCUAUCAGAGUUGAAUGCAGUGUUUGAUCUUUUCUACCUGUGGCCAGAGUACAUCCAAAGGUACUUCUUGUUGUUUCUUUUCUCUCUCAGUGUAUUAUAGAUCAUAUUUCUGUACAACUGAUGUCACUUAAAAUCUGUGUAAGUUUAUUCAGAUUGCUAUAAAAGUCACACAUUUUUGUUUUUAUUCUAAAAUAAUUGAUUAUACAAAAUGUCAUAUAUUUCACAGGCUAAGUUCAUAAAAGUAUAAUGAUCAAGUUUAAAACUGGGCCUCCAAACUGUGAACACGCACUGCAUUACUCAAUGUUGUCAUAUGCCCAUAUGCACAUACAUUUAUUUAUAUUCCAGGUUAAUAAAAACCCCUGGUAAGGUAUGGUUUUAGAGUUCGAGACUGUUUUUUGUAGAUUUAGUCAGAUUAAAUAUUUAUUGUAAUGGAAGAAAAGGUUAUGUUCUUAAGAAAAAAAGCUUUCUGUAUACUUCUUCAACCUCCGCUGUGGCCUGUUUCCCUUCACUUGGCUUGUUUGUUUGACAUAUGUUGCGAUUCCACAGUGAAGGAAGUUCUGCAUUAAAGUCAAGGUAUAGUGCAGCUAAUGGCCCUCACACUCCUGAUAUACUGUAGUGAAGAACUCUUUUCUUGAAUGCUAAACCUGAAGAAAAAAUAUUUACUGCUCUGUACAUCAAUAAAGUUGACUGCACCACUUUA